GUCAUUGUGCUUUAUUUUACAUUAAAAGAAGGAUUUGGUAAUAAUUACCAAGAUUUGGCUAAAUAAUUGUAUUUAAAUUGUUUGGUUACUGCACCCGUAUCAUUUAGUACUCAUAUAUUGUACAAGACAUUUUAACUUAAGAUGUUUCAGCCAUCACAUUUGAUCGUUAACAAUUAAGGUUAAUGUAAAGAGAAAAUUCCUCUAUCAUUUUGCAAACAACACGCAUAAUUUCGAGUUAUUAAUGAUUGAAAACGGCUAUCUAUUGAGGUUCUUCCUAUACAGCACAAUAAAAUUGCAGAUAUAUUGCAGUAAUAUUUUUUGCAAGGCUGCAAAAUUGCAGAAACAUUAUAAAAUUUCGCUACAACGUUGCUGUGACAUUUCAAAAAUAGCAAAAUGUCUGCUCAUAGAAAUAUUGUAAUAUAAUGUUGUAGAAACAUUGCAAUAUAAUAUACUGGGGGCGUCAGCUAAAUCCGGGCAAAAUAGACAACAUAUUAUCAAAUAUUUAUUGGUAAUACGUACAAAAUUACAUAAAAACCUUUUCUCGUUUCAUUUGUGGAAACGUUAUAGACAAAAAUUACUCAAUGUAACCACCGUCUGCCGCAAUUGCUGGUUCGAUCCUGGGCCUGAAGCGAUCGCACGCUCUCUGCAACGCCGGCUAGUCCAUAUUGAAGAAUACUGCUUCAAUAGCGGCCUAGAGAAAUGCCACAUUAGGAUGUCUCGACUUGUUUAUAAUCCUUUCAAUCACGCUCCAUACAUAAUAGUUUAACGGAUAUAAAUCUGGACCAUUCGGAGGACAAAACUCUUUGCUCCAAAACUUGUCCAUGUUGUCUGACAGCCAGUUUUAGAUCAAAUGACUCGUAUAAGCUAGUACGCCGUCCUGUUGGCAGAUGUACGACCUUCCGGAGGCCGCAGUGUCUAUCCAUGGCUUGACUACUGUUGUCAAAACAAGUCAAUAUAUUUUCUUUGUGACUGUUUCUCCUCAUUAAAAAAUUGCGUAGGUAUGACGUCACCCUCGCUGGAGACAACGCUUAGGACGUGAACACUGGCUGGAAACUAGGUCCUAGCUACAACGGGGACAUCUUCGGGGUUAUAGGCGAGCUAACGGUAUUUCCUGCGGUUCACUUUUGCGUCGAUGGUAAACAUUUUUUCGUCACAAAAACUCGUUUUUAACGAACACACAAGCAACAGAUUAGUAUUUGUCCUGACACGCGUAACGUGCCACGACAUGCAACCUCAGCUUUUAGGCUAUACGCUACCAAACAUCUAUUCUAUCUUUCCAGCUUUGGCAACGAUUGACAAGAAAGCGGGCAAUGGAAAAAUCCAGCAGCGCCUGUGGGCGUACUUCGCAGGAUAGGCAGUUCGGCCGUGACCGUACGCGCCUCCUAACCCUCCAACCGCGCGCGGGGUGUGCGGUAAACCGCUAGCCCCCACGCAGCCUACGCACGUGCCACGUCCACGGAGACCGCGGAGAGGUAAUAGGAUUAGGUGUUCUAAAUGAAAUGGGAUAUGACUGGAUGCAAGGAUACAAGAUCCUGCUCGUCAGCCAUUGGAUAACGGGUGGGACCCUGCCUAGUUUGGAAGCUAAACUCUACCUAGGAACCCAGCUAAGAAUGCCUAAACAACCCGGGCAUGUGGUGAUCUCGCGAAGCUUACGAGGCCACACCCCCAUAACCGAGGUCUCAGACAACCCUCAACUUAGUUGUUCCAGAAAUCUACCAAUAACCUCCCUUUAUCCAAAGGAUCUCCUUGCAAAAGUGGGCAAAGACCGAGAAAGCCUCUGGAGACGACACCAAGAAAGGUGCUGCCGUCGACCAUUUCCAGGCCCCGACCAGAACGAAUUCCCGCAGAGCCUUUCUCUGCGGUUCGAAGAACUGGCAAUGGAGGAGGUGAUGAGCCGCAGUGUCCACGCCAUCCCCGCAAGCACACAUCCCACCGUCUACAAGUCCCAGACCCACGAGGCGCCUCUGGAAGUUGCCAUGUCCGAUGAUCAUUUGCGUGACGUAGUGGUCGGGUUUGAACUAGGACGCACCAACCCUAGCCUCGACAUCGCCGAAGAAGGCACGUGUGAUGUGACCUUUGACAGAAGAAGACCAUCUAUUCUGCCACAUCUCCAUUGUCGCAACCCUCACGAGGUCUAGCGCUUCCUUUUGGUUCCCUGCGAAAGGAACAAUCCUAUCUCCUUGGCCAUCCUCUCUUUUCUAACUUCGAAUCGCGCCCCGGAUUCCGUGAAAAGGAUGUCGACGGGAACUGCACCCGCAGCCACACAGAGCGACUCAGUCGAUGCCGUGCGAUACGCGGCGGUCACCGAAAUGAGCACUCGGCGCUGCAGAGACCUGAGGACUUUCACGUCGCCCCUGGUGAACAGGUCGGUCCACCCAGCGGCAGCGUGUGCCACCGUCGGUGCGAACACGCCCCGGUAUAUAGCCGAGAGCGCCCCAAAACGCAGGACCCAUUUACAUCCCGCCUGCCUGUCUAGCUUACUAAAAAGCGAACCGACCGUUUCGCUGAGAUAUUUGCAAUGGGUGGAUACACCCAUUCCUCUAUCUAUGUGGAUGCCAAAGUACCUAACUGAUUUCUUAAAUUGAAUCUUAUUAUUUCCUAAUCGGAUGGUCGGUGGCCUACUCGCGAGGUCAGCCUUUUUGGCCCUGACCGCUUUUCGUUUUUGAUCGGGACGCGCUCCUCCCCGUCUGCCUAUUGGAGCCCUUUUGACAAGAUCACUCUUGAGGAAAAUUGCCUCAGUCUUUCGCGACGAGAUCUAAUUUGACAAAGUUACACCAUUUCCCUAUUUCCAACUUGUUUUCUUUUUGACGUUUUCUCUUUCCAGAGACAGUGUAAACUACUACACAGUGUGUGUACUUGACUUGUGAGAACUGUUGGAAAUAUCAGAAAGGUAAUGUUAGAUCAGAAUCACCUUUAGUGAGAUUAUAGUUUGCAGUAAAUAUUUCACAAAAAUAUUCUCCUUUAUUUGUAUCAAGUACAUACUAUUUGUAUAAUUUCAGCUACACUGCAAAUGAAUUGUCAUUACUUGAAUAUUAAAUGAAAUAAAAUGUCAGGUAGUAAAAAGU